AUGAUAGAGAGUGACAUCCCAUCCAUAAUGUCAGGAAUGAUUCGGAACUCAGGGCCGAGCCAUCACCCCUCUCCUCCGCAGGAAUACAGGCUCCUGGCCGCGCCCGGCGACGAGGACCUCCCUGGGGACCUGCAGUCGCUGUCCUGGCUCACGGCCGUGGACGUGCCCCGGCUGCAGCAGAUGGCGAGUGGCCGCGGGGGCCUGGGCGGCCCCAGUGCCCCGCACCCACACCCAGGUUCCUUGGCCGGGGUGGCUGACCUCCACGCGGGAGCCACGCCGGGGCCCCUGCUCCACGGCCCGGCGGGCGUGGCCCCCCCAGGCGUGCUGGGCCUGGGCCCCGUGGCCAGCCACAGAGCCGGCAUGGCCCAGUUCCCCGUGGGGGGGCAGCCCCCCUCCGGCCUGCAGGACCCGCCGCAGAUGUACCCUCUGGCUUCCCAGCCGCAGUGCCCGCUCGCCCGCGGCGCCCAGCAGUGCCCGCCCGUGGGCCUGUAUGGCUCCGCGUUCGGGGCACGACCUCCCUACCCCCCACCCCGCAUGGCUGUGCAUUCAUCCCAAGAGCUGCACCCCAGACACUACCCCAAGCCCAUCUACUCCUACAGCUGCCUGAUCGCCAUGGCCCUAAAGAACAGCAAGACUGGCAGCCUGCCCGUGAGCGAGAUCUACAGCUUCAUGAAGGAGCACUUCCCCUACUUCAAGACGGCGCCGGACGGCUGGAAGAACUCGGUGCGGCACAACCUGUCCCUGAACAAGUGCUUUGAGAAGGUGGAGAACAAGGCGGGCGGGUCCUCGCGCAAGGGCUGCCUGUGGGCCCUCAACCUGGCCCGCAUCGACAGGAUGGAGGAGGAGAUGCACAAGUGGAAGAGGAAGGACCUGGCCGCCAUCCGCCGGAGCAUGGCCCACCCGGAGGAGCUGGACAGGCUGAUCUCGGACCGGCCGGAAAGCUGCCGCCGCCCUGGCAAAGUGGGGGAGCCCGAGGCGCCCGUGCCAACCCACGCCACCACGGCGGCCACGGCCCACGGCUGCCUGGCCGCCUCCCAGCUCCCGCCCCCGCCGCUGAUGACCCUGUCCCUGCAGUCGGUCCCCCUGCACCACCAGGUCCAGCCCCGGGCACAUCUGGCCCCGGACUCCCCCGCCCCGGCCCAGACCCCACCCCUGCACGCCCUGCCGGACCUCAGCCCCGGCCCCCUACCCUGCCCGGCCGCGGGCAGGGCCCCCGUGGACUUCAUCAACAUCAGCGCCGACCUGAACCCCGAGGUGGACGCCCUGGACCCCAGCAUCAUGGAUUUUGCUCUGCAGGGGAACCUCUGGGAGGAGAUGAAGGACGAGGGCUUCAGCCUGGACGCACUGGGGGCAUUCGGAGACUCCCCCCUCGGCUGCGAGCUGGGGGCCCCGGGCCUGGCCCCCGUCUCCGGCAGCAGCGACCAGCCCUUCCCGGACCUGCAGGUGACGGGUCUGUACGCGGCGUACGCGGCCCCGGACAGCGUGGCCCCGGACGGCGUACUCGCCUCCUCCUCUCAGUACCUGGGUGCCCCCGGCAACAAGCCCAUCGCCCUGUUGUGA